AAACCAAAAAACUCUGUUCCUCUUUCCACUUUUCUCUCAAUUGAUUUUGCCGGAAGAACUGACGGCAAAAGCAUGACCAGCUUCUCCUCCGCCGUCGCUCACAAGAAGGAGCUAGUAGAGUGGCAGGUCAACCCUCCCACCGGUUUCAAACGCCAAGUCACUGAUAAUCUUCAGAGCGGCAAAGAGUAUAUUGUGCAAGUCUGCGGCGACAACUCGGUGGCCGAGUUGAGGUGCAGAAUCUGUAAACUCACUAAUGUUUUGAGCAAGCGACAGAACCUUCUCUACCCCAAAAUCGAAAACAAGCUCUCUGAUGACUCCAUCUUGCUCUCUUCUAUCCCUCUGAAGCCCUCUCUCAAGAUGACCAUGAUUGGGUACUUCUCUUCCUCACCACUCCCUCUCGAUUUCAUAUGCUCGAUUUCUACCAACUUCAAGUUGAUUUCCCCGAGAAUUACUGGAUAGAAUCUCCCCAGGUUGGAAGAAACCUAGAAGUAAGAGUGAAUCUAGAAGGGGGGUUGUUCUGCAUCGACAAAGAGAGAGACAAUGUUGCCAUGUCAUCAAUUGGGUGAGAUGUAUUGUCCACAUAAGCUUGUAAAAAUUAAAAAAGAUAAUUGGAGGAGACUUAACUUGCCAUGUGUGCAAUUCCGUGAUGGAAGGAUCGUCUGGGUUCUGGAAAAAUAAAGUUUAAGGAUGAUU